GGGUUGGAUUUGGAGUCCACCGGGGAGACAAAAAAAACCAAAGGACACGGCCGAGCGAGAGGAAUACAGUGAAGAGAGAGAAUCAGUAAAUACGCAGAGAGGCCUUUAUUGGAAGGUGUAAACCCCCAACACCCGCCAUGAAAUAAAUUAUAUCAUUAAAUACACAGACCGCAUUUUCACUCCACUCCACCUCCCUCCACCACCCACACCCACGUACCAUCUCUCUCUCUCUCUCUCUCUGCAUUCACACCUUUCAAAAACGCACAGCCAGGCCUCUCUUCUCUCUCCCCUAACCCUCUGCAAAUUCAAAAUCUCUUCGCACUCUCUCCUCUCUCUCUCUCUCUACAUGACGGGCUAACCAGAAGCAGAGUCUCAGAGGAACAAAGCGAUGCCUUUGGUGAGAUACCAAAUAAGAAGCGAAUAUGGGUUGGCUGAUCCGGAGGUUUACAGAGGGGCUGACAAGGACGACCCUGAAGCUCUCCUUGAAGGGGUUGCCAUGGCCGGUCUUGUCGGCAUUUUGCGCCAGUUGGGUGACCUAGCUGAGUUUGCAGCAGAGCUUUUCCAUGACCUACAUGAAGAAGUGAUGGCUACUGCUGCAAGGGGCCAUGACCUUAUGAUACGUGUUCAGCAACUUGAGGCUGAACUUCCUUCUGUUGAAAAGACUCUUCUCUCACAAACCAAUCAAUUACAGUUUGCUUACACUGUAGGCUAUGAGUGGCAUGCUAAUGUUCGAACUGACGAGAAUCUGAUUACUCAAGACAACAUGCCCCGAUUUAUCUUGGACUCCUAUGAAGAAUGCCGCGGUCCACCCCGCUUGUUCUUGUUAGACAGAUUUGAUGUUGCUGGUGCUGGGACAUGUUUAAAGAGAUAUUCAGAUCCAUCAUUUUUCAAGACACAUUUGGCCACCUCUGAAAUGUUGAGAACAGAGGAAAUUCCAAGAAAGAAGGCUCGUAGAACAAAGAAGAAAGGAUGGUGGACACGGAAUGGAGAAACACAAGAGGCUGGUCAAGGACCCCACGGUAAUUCGAGUAUUGUCCACACGAUAAAUAUCCGUAGUUCUGAGAAUAUCACCAUUGCCGGUGCAAAGUUGAAAUGGCAGAUGAAUGGGUCCCUUUAUUCUAGUUCAAAAAGUGGAAGAAGUUACAUGGAAUGUGUUCUUGAAACACCUUCACCUAUGGAAUGCAAAGAGGUAAUUGAAAGUUCAAUAACUACAAAUGUGGGGCCUCAUGAUAGGACAUCAUCUGCUCAUUAUGAUGAAAUGCAUGAAAACAUUAAGAAAGAUUCAUUAUAUGGAUCACGUCCUGUGGGUAUUUCUAAGAAAACCUCUAUUGAUGUGCAAGAGAAGGUUCUUACACUGCCUGGAAGUCCAAAGGAUGGAAAGGGGCAGACCAUAGAAUCCCUUCCCAAAUCAACUGGAAAAAUUGAGAGUUCUCUUGGUCUUGGGCAUGCAGAGCUAUUGGAUACCUUGCUUGAGAAGGAAAGAAAAGAGGAGGCAACAGAGAGUUCUCUUACCUUGGGGCAUGUAGAGCAAUUGGAUGCCUUGCUUGAAAGAGAGAGAGAAGAGGAGGCAAUGGAGAGUUCUUUCACCUUGGGGAACCAGGAGCUACUGGAUGCCUUGCUUGAGAGAGAGAGUAAGGAAGAAGCAAACGGUGAUGGCUAUGUGGAUGCCUUCAUUGGAAAUGAGAAACAAGAAACAAAUCAUAAUGGGUAUGAAGAUGUCUUUCUUGGGAUUGAAAGAAAAGAAGAAAAUGGGGGUGGAUAUGAAUCCGAUGAUGUUGCUAGUGAGUUGGAUAAUUAUAUGGAUGCACUUACCACCAUGGAAUCAGAAAUGGAAACAGAUUCUGAAUAUAGACCUAAGCAUGAUUUUGAACGUCAAGAAUUGGAUUCUGACACAAAUGAAGAACAUGAGCGGCUAGCUGGAAGUCUGCAUUCCUUCUCAGAAAUGGAAACAGAGUCUGAAUAUAGACCUAAGCAUGAUUUUGAACGUCAAGAAUUGGAUUCUGACACAAAUGAAGAACAUGAGCAGCGAGCUGGAAGUCUGCAUUCCUUCUCAAAUGAGAAUUCUCUCUCUUCUCAUGACUGGGAGACAUUGUUAAAGAAAGACUCUUUCAGUGGUUUGGCCAAUGUGCAAGAAGAUCAUGCUCCUGGCCUGAACUCUUUGGAUGAUAAUCAUAAAGCAUCAGAAGGCAUGAUUUCUAGUUCAGGUUAUUAUAAUCCUUGGUUUGAAGCUGUUAAGAUUGAACCAGAUUCUUUUAAGGGUGAUCAACCAGUUGACCAGAGUUGCGCAAUGGUGGUUUCUCCAACUGAAAUCACUGAUGAAAGUUCCAGGAGUAAUGCUAUUUCAGCCAUUGAGGUUUCAGGAACGCCAGUUAUCAAUCAAUUUAGUUCAGGUAGUGUUCAGCUGGCGCCAUUGUCAACUGAAACUGUUGUGAUUGAAUCAGAUUCUUUGCAUGGUGAUCACACUAUUGAACAGAGUCCAGCGACUAGGGUUUCUCCAUGUGAAACCACUGCUGAAAUUUCCAGGAGUUUAUAUGGAACUGAUGCCAUUUCAGCUGAGAUUUCAGGAAGUCCAGUUAUUGAUGGAGUUAUUGCAAGUAGUGUUCAAUUGGCAAUGCCCCUGUUCAUUGACACUGUUCACAUUGAAGAAGAUUCUUUUAGUGGUGAGCAUUAUAUCGAUCAGAGCCCAAUAAUUGGGGUUUCUCCAACUGACAUCACUGAUAGAAGUUCCAUUAGUUUAUCGGAAAAUAAUGCCAUUGCAACUUCAGAUCUUUCAGAAACAUCAGCUACUUAUGAAAUUAAUACUAGCAGUGUUGAAUUGGCUAUGCCCCAUAUCAGUGAACCUCCCUCCGACACUGGUGCCAUUGGCGAGGGGGAUACGUCUGCUGGGACUGCUGAAGAUGUAUCUGUUGAAAGCCCGACAAUCAAAUCAAUGCAUUCUCCACGUUCAAUGAAUGGUGCCUCCGAGCCACAGUCCUAUGAUUUCAAAAUUGAGUCUGAACCUGAAAAGUGCCAUGAUUCAGUUGAUGAGCAUCUGGAUUCACACCAAUCAUUGCAAAAUUUGGACCCUUCAGAUUUGGUGUCUCAGAGCCCCUCACUAACUGAGGAUUAUGCAAAAUCUAUUGAUUCUGAGGGUGGCUUUUCUCCCAUAGAAGCGGGCCCAUCAGGGCCCUACCUGGAAAUUAUAUCUCUGCAAGCUUCAUACAAAGUUCAAGGGACCCAUCUUCCCAACAAAACCUGUUUGGAGCUUGGCAUGGAGGAUAAUGUCGAGGAACUAAUGACACACACUUUGACCCCUGUGGACAUGAUGCCAAGUCAGUGUUCAUCAACAGAUGUUUCAAUGGAAGCAAUUGUGAGUGAGAACCAUGCUAAAGUUGUUGGUUCUGAAUGGGGGUUCUCUCCUAUGGAAGAUACUUUUACUCAAUCCACUAUUGUUGAAGAGACAAUGAUGGAACCUUUCAUAGAGGGACAUGAGGAUGAGAUGAUAUCAAAGAGUUCAUCAACCAAAAUUGUAGAGGCUGUACUUCCAAUUGACGGUUAUAAGAAAUCUGUUGAUUCAGUUGGUGGAUUGGCCCCUUUAGAAGCUGAACCUUCAGAUUCUACUUCCCCCCAAAUUGCUUCUCCACAAGCUUCUCAGAUAGAAAUUAAAGAGAAAAUUGUUCCUUUAGUGGAAGCUUUUGAACAAAAUGAAGAAAACUUUGAGAACUUGAUGGAGAAGGAUUUUGGGGCCAAAGGUUUCGUAUCCUCAGAUGUUCCAGAAGUACGUGCCUCAGAAUCCAUUGAUGUUGAGAAAUUUGAAAAAUUGGAGCCUCAUGAAUCUGAUUCCUUGCAGCCGGAGAAACCAUCCCAAGAAUCACAACCAAGGGAACAAAUUACUAUGUCUUUGACUCCCAUAAAUUUCUUGCAGUUUUCUAUUGAUUCCACUGAAAGAAAUCAAGAACCAGUCUUUGAGGCCCCUCAUAAAAGUGAAAAGGAUAUCCCCCCAUCUCCUCCUAAACACACACAGCCAGAAAUUCUUCCAGCGAAUGAUACCAGGUCAGAAGCAGUUCAACAAUCUAGUUUUUUGCCCUUGCCUAAUGAGGAGCAUAUAGAUCUUAAGUUUGAAAGGUUGCAUCUCUCGGGAGAAUCAGGUGCUCUUGAUAACUCUGAGAAAAGGUUCUCUAAGGUUUCUUCUGAGGCUUCUUCAGGUUAUAAUUUCAGUCAAAGAGCAGGAUAUGAGCAUCUACCCUGUGAUGGUUCUCAGAUAGCUGCAACCAAGGACUUUGAGAAUGCUACGGUAGCAUAUUCAUCAAUGAUAUUCACAUCAUGUUCUUCAUUGGAUGAAGUUGGUUCUCUCUCUUCUCAACCUAACCUUGAUGUGACCAUACCACAGAAAACACCCCAAGAAGAAUAUAAUGAGAUUGGUACUUCAUCACAACAUUGGGUCAAUCCCAGACUAAACCAGCAUUUUUUGGAAUUUGUAUUACCAGAUGUUAAAGUUCUAGGAGCUGGGGUAGAAGAAAUGCCACCUCUCCCACCUCUUCCUCCUCUUCAGUGGAGAACUGGAAAUCCCCAGUACAACUCUCUGACUUCUGAGAGAGAAGAUGAACAUAUUCCUAACCUUUCUGCAUCUCCGCCGAGCAUAGCAAAGUCUCAGCUGAACUCUCUAACUAUGGAGUGGGAAGCUGAACACAUUGCUAACCCUUCUGCAUCUUCACUAGAUUUGGCAAAGCCUCAGUUGAAUUCUCUAAAUUUGGAGGGAGAAGUUCAGCUUAUCCCAGAACAUUUUGCAUCUCCAGCUGAUGUAGCAAAGCCUGAGUCGAAAUCUAUGGAUUUAAAGGGAGAAGUCAAACAUAUCCCGGACCUUUCUGCAUCGCAGCAAGAUAUAGCAAAAACUUGGUUGAAUUCUCAAACACUUGAAGGAGAAAUUGAACCAAUCCCAAACCUCUCUGCAUCUCAGUCAGAAUUAGCAGAAAGUAAGAUGAAUGGUGGUUAUCUUCCACUCGGUUUCUCAGUGCAGCGACUCAAACGUGGCCAACAGAAGGAUCCUCUGAUUGAGGCUGUAGCGUCUCAUGACAGGAGCAAGUUAAAAAAGGUUACGGAACGAUGUGAAUCUGGGAAUAGGCAGAAGGUGAAUGAAAGGGAUGUUCUCUUGGAGCAAAUAAGAACCAAGUCUUUCAAUCUGAGACCCACUGUGGCGACGAGACCUAACAUUCAGGUUCCCACAACGAAUAUCAAUGUCGCAGCUAUCUUAGAGAAAGCAAAUGCAAUUCGCCAGGCAUUUGCUGGGAGUGAUGAAGAUGAUGAUGGAGAUAAUUGGAGCGACACUUGAAUGGUAGUGAUUUGCAAACGAAGGAGCAUUGAGGUCUCUCAUUUUAGGUGUUUUUUCCUGUGAAAAAGAUCUUCACCAGGGGAUGAUGCACAGUGUGAAAGAUGUCCACAGAUCAAAAAGGCCUACAUUCCGUGAGGUCCCCUUAUCAGUCCAUAUAAAUGUAUAUUUAAGGUUUUGGUAGAAAUUUAACCGUUUUUCCCCCCUCAACCUGUAUUUGGAUCUUGCAUCCAAGCUGCCAGAGUAUGUAAUUUUGUAUUAUAAGGAAAACUAAGAGCAAAAUCAAAUAUGUCCUCAACAAUACCAGGUCCGCCCAUUGUUUGAUUAGAAAGAUUCACAGAUAUCUUCGAAUACUGAAUGCUCAAUUGGCAAUC